AUGCAUAAUUUUAACAAACUACGUUUGAACACUCGAUUUGACAUUGGUUUGCGAAAAUUACUAUUGAUGUGGUCGAGUAACUGGAAUGGUGGCGUAUCAAUAACAUAUAAUUUUAGCAAAUCGUGUCCGAACACGCGACUUGACAUUGGUUCGUCAGAACGUUUGGAAGAUAAUGCUGAAGGUCCGUCCGCGUAUAUGUCCGAUGUCGUUGUUUUAAUGGUAUAG